AACUGCGCAUGAGCGCUCUUCAACGCCAGCUCCGUGGAGCUCAGGGGAUCAAGGCCGUGUGACCCGUACAGACUGGAGCUGGAGCCGAGCAUAGGCACAACUUCCUGGCUCUCUGGGCCCGGGGCCUUUGCUCAGGAAGCCAACUGCGCUCCAGCCUCCUGCCCUUGGCCUGCCUGAUCUGUCAGAAGCGGGGGUGGCCAGAACAUCCCUGUGAACCUUCGGAGCUCCAGGCUCCAGGAAGGGGCUAGGGCCGAUUGCACCAUAUUCAGAACACGUCGAGCUGGAAGAUGUCGGAGCCCAGGGCCAUGAGCCUGCUGGAAGACUGGUGCAAGGGUAUGGGACUGGACAUCCAUCGGUCCCUGUUGGUCACUGGCAUCCCUGAGCACUGUGGCCAUGCAGAAAUUGAGGAGACCUUGAAUGGGAUCCUCUUGCCACUGGGCACAUACCGCGUGCUCAACAAAAUUUUCUUGCGGCAAGAGAACGUCAAGGCUGCGCUCAUUGAGGUUAGCGAGGGUGUGAAUCUGAGCUCCAUACCCCGCGAGUUCCCGGGGAGGGGCGGUGUCUGGAAAGUGGUCUGUAGAGACCCCACCCAGGACGCUGAGUUUUUAAAAAAUCUGAAUGAAUUCCUGGAUGCUGAAGGGCGCACUUGGGAGGAUGUGGUGCGCCUCUUGAGGCUUAACCCAGCAUUCCCGAACCCAAACCAGCCUCCACCGAACUGGGCAGAAGCCGUGGGGCUGCUCCUGGGCGCGGUGGUUCAGGUUAUCUUCUGCAAGGACUCUGAAAUCCGCGGCAGGGAGGAGGAAGCUAGGGCUACUGAGGAGGCUACCGAGGCUGAGUUGAUGGCGGCUAGGGCUUCAACAGCGAUGAGGAGGGUAAAGAAGGAACCCGGGCUGGGCGUAGAGGUGGGAUCGGCUUGCAAGAUGGAGGACCGUGGUGACCCUCCAAAACCUCUAGUCCGCAGGGCUGGAGGUAAGAUUCGCUCCAGGAGAAGGAAGCAGAAAAAAAAUCCUAAGCAAGAGCCAAUAUUCUGGAGAAAACCCCAAGGUAACAAUCAUAACAAUAGGGUAGGUGCUGAAGCUGAGGCUGCCCAAAGCCCAGAGACCCCAGAGUCAGCCAAGAGCAACAAAAAACCCAUUGUGAAGCAGGAGGAGACCGUUUGGAAGAAGAAAAGAGUCUGGAAGGAGGAUCCCAGUGAUCUUCCUCAGAGUACGCUGCCCGGAGCAGAGAGCCCUGCGAAUCUGGAGGACUCAGAUCAAGAUGGUGGUCCUGAGAGCCCCCCAAAGAAGAAAGUGGUGACCUGGCCCUCAAACAAGAUCCCCGCUCCCAUGAGGAAGAAGAAGAAGAUGAGCUUGGGCUCUCUUUCUUAUGUUCUGGUUGAUUCCGAAGCCACCAAGAACAAACCGGGGAUUCCCAAGAAAGGGUCUGGCUCUAGGAGGGCCAUGUCGGCUCCAAGGGCUCCUCAGGGGCCCCAGCCUGAUGAUGCAUCGCCCUCAACAUCCAGGGCUGGCAAGAUGAAGCCAGGAGGCUUCCCUCGGGUCUCCAAAGAUUCCAGACAGCUAUGAUUUGGGGAACCCUGUACCCGAAGAGACUGAAGAGCAUCAAGGAAGAAGUUUCGAGUUGGGAGCAAACUUUUUCUUUGCGGUUGAAUGAAACAUGACUUUGGACUACUGGGGGCCUGUUAUGUGUGUGUGUGGGGGUCUGACCCACACAGGGAUCGGAUGUAAGGCCUUAGGAGGUGGGGAUUGUUGGGGGGAGGUACUCUCUUUGUGUCUUUUCCUCAGUUGGAGCUUUUUUUUCUCUUCUGCUCACCCUCAAAGGCAGAAGAGGCGAUAAGUAGCUUCGGAAAAUUCUAGAACAUUCUUUUCCCGUUGCCCGCGAGGGAGCUCACGGUUAUGCUCAGCCACAUUCAGCCUUUAUCCUCCUCUACCCCCUGCCUUUUCCUCUGGAGGCCCAGCCCGGCUGCAGAGCCUGAGGUCCAGAAGGGCAGGGUGGCCCGUUUUGCCGCUUGCGCCGCGAGCGUUUGGUAAGUCGGGCCUGGCUUUUCGAAGCCUGCUUCCUGGGCGUUCUUCAAUUUCCCUCCUCCAGCAACCUAACUGGAAGUUGGCUAGGUCCCAAGAAUUAGUUCUGGAAAAACAAAAAAACAAAUGUCUGCUUGCCCUUGAGCCCUUCAGAUUUCAGAGUCUUUAAUAAAGAAAACCGAGGGCAGGGGGAGUUGGCUCGGGGGGUAAGAAAGUUUGCGGUACAAACACAAGGACCCGGGUUCUAAUCCUUAGGACUCAUGUAAAAGGGCCAGGGAUGGCUGCCCGUGCCUGUAACACCAGCGUCAGGUGGUAGAGACAGGUCGAUCCCAAGGACUUGCUGGCCAGCUAACCUCUCUGAAAUGGUGAGCUUCCGGGCUGGGAAUCCCCCAGCGAGGGGCUGGGGUGGGGCUCCGUGGCAGAACUGCCCAGCGUAUGCAAGGCCCCGGGUUCCAUCUCCAGAGCCAAUAAAAACCAAAAUGGAAUAAAAACGGCACUUUGGUUCUAAAGUGGGGUGAUGCCCUCUCAGGAAGCCCGAGGAGAGGAGAGGAGAGAGGAGAGGAGAGGAUUGGUAGAGAAAAAUCAGUUUUUAGCUCUAAUCGUGUGGACCUCUGAGAGACCCCUGUCUUUGAGGCUUAAGUCAGCUGCUCACAUUAUAGUAAGAAGGCAGAAAUCUCUCUCUUUUCAAAAGCUUCUUUAAAAUGGCCUGAUUUCUGGCCUCUGAAUUUGGUGCCGUUAGAUCCGACCAUGCUGCCACGUCCUGUUCUGUGUCCACAGGAAGGAGAGAGGGUGGCAUCUCCACCAUCUGUGGUUUCUAAGCGACAGCCUGAGGACUCUCUUUUUCACACGCAGAAGCAUGAAAGAGAGGCUGGAGAUAGGGCUCAGUGAGAAAGGGGGCUUGCCACCAAGCCUGAGUCCCUGGGUUCGAUCCCCAGCACCCAGAUGGUGGAAACAGAGAAACAACUCCUGAGAAUCCCCCUCUGGCCUCCACAAUCAUUCCGGGGCACGAGCAUCCCCCCCCCCCCGUAAAUAAAUGUAAUAAAAAAUUCUAACACUAGAAAGCAGCAGGUAUGGUGACAUGUGGCCGUAAUCCCCGUAUGUGGAGGCUGAGGUAGGAGAAUUGCUAUGAGUUCAAGGCCAGCUUGGGCUACAGAGUAAGGCCCUGCCUCAAAAUAAAUAAGUAAAUAAAAACAAUUUUUUUAAAGUGUAGAAAAAAAUGGCAACUCAACAGUGUCGUAAUCCAAAGUACUGGAAUAUUCCAGUACUUUGUGUAUAUAGGAUAACUUUGUGUAUAUAGGAUAACUGUAACUAGUCAUCAGCAUUGUACUUUGUAUAUAAUUGUAUUUGUGUGUGUGUGUGUGUUCGUCUGUGCCUAUGUGCACAUGUGUAUGUGGAGGCAGAGCAUUUCCUUGGGAGUCCUCCUCAGUCACCGGCUGCCGGUUUAUGAGACACAGUCUCUAACGGUCCUGAAACCGGCUAGGAGGCUGGCCUGGCAGUGGACCCAGGGACCCUGCUGUCGGCCUCCCUAGCACUGGGCUGCAAGCCUGUGCUACAAGCAUGUCCGCUUGUUUGUCUGCGUCCCUAACUGAGGUGCCCCUCCCCCAGCUCUCUCAUUAAGUUUCUUGUAGAUGGGAACUUUGAGAACAAAGGUGGGAUCUGGCCCCCUGCAUGUCCUGAAACACAAUAUCCAAGGUGAGUCUCUGUGUGUUUGCCUUCCCUGUUCAGCUGUGAUUGACAGCGGGGGGUCACUUGCUUAUCGGGGCUAACGUGGUACACAGCGGGAUUUCCAGCCAUCGUGAGUUUUCAUGCUUUUCCCCACCUCCAACCUCCAACCUCCGCUUCCGUUUUCUCGAUCCAGAAACUGUGAUCAGUUGUUAGAUAUUCGUCUGUGAAUCACUCAACCGCCAGACCCAUUUCUUGUGAUAGUCCUUGAGACACCUUCGUUGAAGUAGCGCAUUGAUAAAACGAUCAAUGAAUGUAAGUGUGAGUGUAAAAUAAAGUUGUGCCAAUGAA